CAUCCCGCUCAGACAAAUUUUUGUAAUUGGCUCUUUUCUUUUUCAAAGUUCGCUCCAUUUGUUUUGUUCCCAGAAAUCAAAAAUGAAACAGAAGAUCGUGGAGCUCAAAACCAAAAACAGAAAAACCAGAACACACACAGACACAGUCACAGUCACAGUCACAGUCAGAGACUCACAGAGAUAGAUAGAUGGUCGGUGGCACGAGCAUUGGCAAAACCAUUUGCUCCAUCUGCUACGAAGAUCUCAAACCUCUCGUUGAAGAUCUCCAAGCCAUUUCCAUCUGCGGCCAUGUCUUCCACGAGCUAUGUUUACAACAGUGGUUCGAGUAUUGUUCGAGCGCGAAGAAAUGCAGUUGCCCCGUGUGCAAGCAAAGCUGUUCCGCGAGCAAUGUCAAUCGUCUCUACUUUCAGUCGGUUGGGGAUUCCAACGAUCUGAUCCUCUCUCAGAAUGUGGAAGACGAAGAUCCCCGAGAAUUGCGUGGUCAAGUUCAGAGAUUGGAGGUUAAGGUCAAGGGGCUGAGCUCGCUUUUAGAGUGCCAGGGAAAGGAGCUCAAAGAUGUCAAUGACCAGCUGUGUUCUUGCAAGGAGCUGGCAAAACAGGAAGCAGCAUUAAAGAAUGAAGCCUUGAAACAAAGAACAUCCAUGCAACAGAUGCUUCAUAUGAAAUCUGAGGAGCUUGAAAAAUCAACUUUGGAACGCUUAAGGUUGCAAGAAAAGAAUAUGUCCUUGGCCAAAGAGCUUGCAGCAUUCAAGUUGGUAUCUGAUCUGGAUCUCGAUGAGGGGGAGGUUCUAAAGCUUGCCUCCUUUGGUAAUGGCGCCAACAAUAAAGAUACCAUAGACAUUCUACGGAAAUCCUUGGUCAUGCGUAAUAGGAGUUACAAAGAAUUGAUGGCCAAGUGCAACCUCCUUGGAAGAGGAGAGGCUCGUUUUGGUAAGAAACUUGAGAAGGCUAAAGAGAAAAUAAAUAGAUUAAAGACAAGGCUACAAGAAUUGGAGACUGCUCUUGAAGUAAAAGAUAAUGAAGUUCUAAGGUUGCUAAAAGCUUCAAAGAAAAGUAGUUCCAAAAGGGUUAUUCAGAAUGCUGUGAAUUGUAAUUCUAGUUCCAAUCCUUUGCCUGCCAAUAAUUUUCCGUCCGAAGAUCAAGAGAAGCAACUUUCUGGAUCCAAGCUUACUUCAGAUCAGACAGGAAGCCUGACUAGUAAUCCAUUGUGUUCUAGGAAACUGGAAAAGUUCAGUUUCACUAACCAUAUGAAAUCUAAUAAAAAAGGUACAAGCACCAUGGUUCUUGACAAAGGGAGAGAUGAUUACUUCUUGAUAGAUGAGGAUUCUUCAAAAUUUUCUACAGUUCCUUGUGGACUAUCAAAUCCUGAUUCUAGAUGUCAAAUUGGUGAAGAUGUAACUGAGCAGACCACUACUCCAUUAAGGUCAGAGGAAGCUUCUGACUUGAACAAAGAAACUAAAGUUCAUAGACUAGAUAACUUGGUAGGGCAUUUGGGUUCAAAAACGGGUAUCAAUAAUGAUGUGGGAAAGACUCAUGCUACUCUGGAUAAGGAUGUGAUAUUGGUUCCUGAUGAUGUAACAGAGGUUGAACCCAUGCUUAACAUUCGGAAGGAGUCUCCAUCCCCACUACCACUUUCUGAACCAGGGGACAUAUGUUUUUCUGGUGGAUUUCUUGGCCCUGAUGGAACAAAUAGGUAUUUGGGUAAAUGGUGCAAGAGAGGCCUGAGCAAGGAAUCAAACACAGGUAAUUUGAUUGCUGUUGGAGCUGAUGGUAGAGGUGGUAGAAUCAAAGUUCUGAGAUCCUCGAGCCAAUCUUCACUGGAUGGUAAGGAGACUUCAGUAGGGGCAAAGAGGUUCAAAUCUGGAGCCAAAACAAGUUAUUCUCAGUCGUCACAAGGGUGCUUGCAAAUAGAACACUUCUUCGGAAGGGUGGUCAAUAAUUAAGUGUUCAGAGUUUGCAUAUUAUAGGUCUUAGUUUCUCAUUAAUGUCGAUUUCCUGUGGCCAAGAAGAAAAAGGCAAAAUUCAUUUGUUAGGCUUUCCAGAAAACUAGAAGAGGGGAAAAUGAUGAAAAAGCAAAUAGCAUUUUUUUUUUUCUUUCUAUUGAGUUUGUUUCAUCCCGCUUAUCAGAAUGGGAUCGAAAAGUGAUCCAUUUGUAGGGCUCACUGCCUUCCGAGAUUUGAUCAAGUGGCUAAGGGAUAUCCCUCUUCUUAGGCUGUCCUUAGAUUCCGCCAUGCACCUAAAUCCUAUUCUUUGGACAA